AUCUUGAUAUACAAACUUGAAUGGUCAUCAGCGGCCUUUCUCUCACUCUUACUCCCGCCACUGUCCGUACAAGCUUCCCUCCAUGGCCACCUCCUUCUCGUUCAUGCCCGCGCCCCCGUCCGUACAAGCUCAUCGAUGCUCCUCUUCACCUUCUCCCCGCCAAGAGGUAUAUUAUUGCGUUGGAUUAAGAACUUCAUUUCUCAAGAAUUGGGAUGUCACGGGGGUGUCGAGUUCAAAGCGGUUCGGCUCCACCACUCAUAUGAAUUGGAAGAGGAGGAGAACUUUGAUCUGUGCAGUCAAUCAAGAUGCCGAGGGAGCAUUCAAAAAGACUGUAGAAGUGGAUAGGCUGAUAGACAAACUAAGACAUGCAAAUCCAAUUGAACUUCAGAAGCUUGUUGUUGAAAAUGUCUUGGCUUUUAAUGAGGGCUUUUGGAUACGGCUUGCGGCAAGAACUGAUACCUGCAAAUCGGAGGAUGAUAAAAAGGACUAUGAGGAAUUGGCUAUAUCUAUAAUGAGCAUAGUGGAUCGCCUUGUUCAUAAGACCAAUGAAAAGAUAGAUUCAGCUACUGAUGUCCUCAAGGGGAUUCUGAAACCUGUAGUUGAUGAAGUAGAAGAAAUUCAAUGGCCUCCUAGAGAUCCCGAGGCUCUUAAAUUAAUGGAGAAAGAAUUAGUCCAAAGGGAGGAAGAUGGACAAUUGGACGAAGGGUUUCUUUCAGAAGUUAAUGCGCAACUACGACAAGCAAAAGGAGAUGGAGAUAAGCCAGGGUUUGAGGCUAUGUUACAAAAGGUUUUACAACUCUAUGCUUCUACUGUUCUAUCCAAGCGUAGCUAUGCAAAAAAAGGGGAUGAAAUUCUGAAGGCCGAGCAGUUUCUAGAAACCAUAAUCAAAGCUCCUGAAGAAGAAUGGAACAAGCUGCUGCUCAAUGGAUUAACACUUGGCAAAGGGGAAAUUUUACCACAGGAGCUCUAUGCUGUCAUUAAGAAGAGGGUUGAACGGACUCUGAUCCGAACAGAGGGAGGUUCAUACCAGCAACGUGUUCUUACGGAGUAUCUCAAUGGCAUCCAAUUGAGAGCAGAGCAAAUUGUCCAACUACUUCAGGGCAAGCUGCAAUAGUACAUGUUCAUGAUUUGAAAAUAUGGACAUCGGAGUUUGGGAUCACAAGGCAUUGCUGGCUGCACAACUCUCUUUUGGUUCCGAAAGUUAAGAUGAACCGUUUUUAGAGAGGAAAGAA